AUGUAUCCUAAUCGUGAUUGGUUCUCCACGUACAAUGGAUAUAUUGAUGGAGUUAUUCUAAUGGGAAAUAACGCCAAAUGCAAAGCAAUCGAGAUUGGAACUGUUAGCAUUAAGACGCAGGACGGCAUGAUCAGAACCUUGGAAAAUGUUAGACACCUGAGGAUGUAUGGUCAGAAAAAGGUGGUGAUUAAGGUGUGUAUGGACGAGCGUGCCUCGAAAUUUUGUUGUUUCAGAAUCAAAAACCCAUUUUGUUGUUUCGGAAUCAAAAACCCUCGCUCCGAAGUUUUGAGCCUUGCGGGUGGCUUUCCAGGAGUUCAAUCCGUGGCACUGGUGGGUGACCGGGACCAGAUCGACGUGACCGGAGUGGUCGACCCGGUCGACCUCACCACUUUGCUCAGGAAGAAAGUCGGGUUCUCGGAGAUAGUGUCCGUGGGCGAGGCCAAGAAAGAAGACGAGAGCAAAGACAAGGAUAAGAAGGACGGUAUGCCCGUCGGAUGGCCGUACCCGCCGUACCCGCGCCAAGAGAUCGUAUAUGUCCAGCCCGAUUCCUGGUGCUUGGCCCUGUAGGUACGACAACCAUCGAGGAUGACGACUCGUAUAAAUGUAUAGCAUCGCUGUGAUCCGCUUAUUUUUACGAGCAGUUUUGAGAUGUGUAUUAAAUUAAUUGCCGAUUUUCACCGAGAUUGAACUUUGUCACCGUGCUAUGGAUAUGGCCAAGACUACUUCUCUCUGAUUUUCACCAACAUAAUGGGAGCAGCAUGCGUUCGAAUUGAUUGUGCUUUUGAUAUGAAUUUUCUUUUCUUUUAGUGGAUAAUAUCUAUCUUUUCU